AUGAGCAGCACUGUGACAAGGUGGGAACAUCAUCAUUCGCAAACCCCACCGCCACGGAAGAAAAGAACUAGCACGACCAACAUCCAGCUACCCUCUGCACAAUCGCCGCCUGUAACUGUCACUCUGACCGAUGUUAUAUUAUUCACGACGCACGAUACCACGACGAUCACAACGACGACACACGAUCUUUACACCAUUAAGACUGUACAGAACAGCAACGACAAUGAUGUGCCACACCAACUGCAUCAAUUACUGCCUGUGCUAGGUCUAUUCGCGGUGAUAGGGCUGCUCGCUGUGCUUGGCCUGCUUGGGUACAUGGCCUAUCGCUUUUAUCGAUCCAGCAACAACAGACGACGGUGCAAUAAUAAUAAUAAUAAUAAUAAUAGUAAUAUGGAAUGGCCCUCAUCGUCAGGGCGCGAGCCAAUGGAAUUUGAAAACUCGGCCAGUGACUUGAAGGCACAGUUUGCACCAGCAUCAUGGCCAGCUGUCAUGCAACAAGAGAAACGACCUCUUCGCUUAGAUUCGCCUGUUGAGAACAGCGAGCAGCCCAUAUCAUCCACGUUUGUGCCUAUCAACACAUCACCACUAACGCUGGUGCCGCGCAUGGAGGUCUGGGAAGAUCCGCAGCGGCGACGAGGCGUGGAUGAACUGGAUAUGUGGGAAAAGAAGCAGCAACAAAAGCAGCAGCAACAGUCAUUACAGGAGGACUCUCCACGAUCAUCAUCAGAGACUGUCCAAGCUGUUAGCACACAACCAGAGAGCCAUAUUGCCAUAGCGCGUAACGCUUUAGAAAGAACUCGAAUAGAGAACAGCAGUAGCCAAUGGCUAAGGCCCACAGGAAGCAGUCGAAGUCUUUAG